AUGGUCAACCGCCUCCUCAACAAAAUCGCCAUCGUAACCGGCUCGGCAUCGGGCAUCGGCCGCGCAAUCGCUCUCCUCUUCGCUGCCGAAGGCGCCACAGUAAUCGUCACUGACCUUCAAGAAUCAUCCCUCCUCUCUGCUGCUGAAGGCACCGACGGGCACCUCACCACUGUCCAAGAGAUCGAGAAAGGUGGCGGCCGCGCCGUCUUCGUGAAAGCCAACAUCGCCGUCGCCGCGGAUGUCGAGGCCCUCGUGCAGGAAGCCGUCACUCUGUUCGGUAGACUCGACAUCUUCGUAAACAAUGCGGGCACGGGCGAAGAUAGGAAGAAGAUCUGGGAGUAUAGAGAAGAGCAGUGGGACAAGAUUUUAAAUAUCAACCUGAAGGGAGUCUUUCUGGGGACGAAGUAUGCGAGCAGGCAGAUGGUGGAGCAGACGGCGGGCCCGUCGGGGGAUAAAGGGUGGAUCGUCAACAUUGCAAGUAUCUGGGGGCUUUCUGGACAGACAAACUACACUGGCUACACGGCUGCGAAACACGGCGUCAUCGGCUUGACGAAGACGGCGGCGCUGGAUUGCGCGCCGCACCGCAUCCAUGUCAAUGCUCUGUGCCCUGGCUUCACCAAUUCGGCAAUGACGCAUCAUGUGUUUUCCGAUGAUACGCUAAAGGCGCACUUGCUUCAAAGACAUCCGUUCCGAGGAUUGGGGGAAGGCAAGGAUAUUGCUAGAGCAGCGUUAUUCUUGGCUAGUGAGGAUGCUUCAUGGGUUACUGGAGUUGGCAUACCCGUUGAUGGUGGAUACAGUAUCAAUGGAAAAGACGACAGGACCAAGCUGCGAGCGGCGAAAGACUAUGACCAGGAAGGUAGCAGAGUUCUGAUCCAGGAAGCAGGACAUCACCUCGUUCCAAAUGCUUUUUAG